AGUAAUAAUCGAGCGCUUGACCGCGCUGGUGAGCAACACAGUAUUUGUGGAUAUAUAUAGAACGCAUAUAUAGUAUUCAAUCUAGAAUCGCUUUUACAAUAAACGAAAUGUUAUUGAUUGUGGUAACACUUGUGGUCAUCUUGUUGGGACUACUCUACAAAUGGUCGACAUCCACCUAUCACAAAUUUGAGGAGCGUGGUGUGCCCCAUGAGAAGCCAAGACCUCUGCUGGGAAAUGUACGCUUUGGUGAAUUAAUGGGUUCUGUUUCCCAUUUGCGUAGGCAGCUUGAGGAGCAUGUACAAUUUCCGAAAGCUAAAGUUUAUGGAAUGUAUUUCCUACGCGAUCCCGUUUUUGUUGUGCGUGAUUUGGAGCUAAUCAGGAAUAUUGGCGUUAAGGAAUUUGAUCAUUUUAUGAAUCACCAUGCAUCUGAUAAGUUUGAGACGAUCUUUUCGAAGAGUCUGGUGCAGCUGAAGAAUCGCGAGUGGAGAGCGAUGCGCAAUAUUUUAUCGCCCACCUUCACUGGUAUCAAAAUGCGAUCCAUGUACGAGCUGAUCAAUGCCUGCUGUGAAGUGAGCGUGGAAUACAUUGAAAAGCAGCUGAAACAGGAAGGUGGCAAUUCAAUUGAUCUCGAAAUGAAGGAAUAUUGUACGCGCUUUACAAACGAUGUGAUUGCGUCAGCCGCCUUUGGCAUCAAAAUCAACUCGUUCGAAGAGAAAGACAACAGAUUCUAUAAAAUUGGUCAGAUCAUGACAAAUAUUAAUUUCAAGGCGAUUGUAAAGAGUCUCCUUUUUACAUUUCUACCAUGGCUUAUGAAGAUUCUACGCGUCACCUUGUUGGAUGAAAAGAACAUUGACUUCUUUAGGAACUUGGUCUCUAAUGCGGUUAAUUAUCGUGUGGAGCAUAAGAUUAUACGGCCUGAUAUGAUCCAAUUGCUUAUGGAGGCCCAACGCAAGACAAACGAGGCGGAGUCCGGUAAAAAGUUCACGGACGAUGAUUUCUUGGCGCAGUGUCUGCUUUUCUUCUUUGCAGGCUUUGAUACGGUCUCCACCUGCCUAUGCUUUCUCACCUAUGAAUUGUGCAUGAAUCCGGAGGUGCAAGCGCAGCUGUAUGAAGAGAUUCUAUCGGCAGAAGAGCGACUAAAUGGAAAACCAUUGGAUUAUGAUACUCUGAUGCACAUGAAGUAUCUGGAUAUGGUUGUAUCUGAAUCAUUGCGCAAAUGGCCGCCGGUAACAAGAACGGAUCGUGCCUGUAAUGCAGAUAUCGAUUUGCGUGAUGAAAAUGAUGAAAUUGUGGUCUCCCUAAAAAAGAACGAUCAAAUAUUUAUACCCAUUUUAGCUUUACAUUACGAUCCAGAGCAUUUUGCAGAGCCGGAAAAGUUUAUACCGGAACGGUUUUCAGACGAAAACAAAAAUGAUAUAAAACCUUCAUCUUAUUUGCCUUUUGGCAUUGGACCACGUAGUUGCAUUGGCAACCGAAUGGCUCUGAUGGAGGUCAAGUCUUUAGUCUAUCAUCUGCUAACCAAGUUCCAACUGACACCGGCUGAGAAAACUUCAAAGGAUAUGAUGGGCGACAUAUUGGGCUUUCAGAUGGUGCCCAAGAACAAGUUUUGGGUUAAAUAUGUGCCGCGGCAAACGGAUGUGAAAAGCUCAUAAGUGCUCUUUGCACCUCUAGCUUUUGGCCAGCUUUUCUUACAUUUAAUAAUAAUACAAAUUGCUUCCGCAACGUUAUAAUAAUAACACGAAUUAUGUUUCCAACUU